CGCGCGCUGCAGGCCCGGGGCGCGCGGGGCCGGUGCCGCGCCGGGAACACAUGCUGCGAGCCCCGGGGCCUUUGGGGCCGCCCCCCCCCGGCCGCCUCCUGCAGCUGCUGCCGGCGCUGCCCAAUAUGGAACCGGUCCUAAGGGGGGGGGGGGCGGUGUUGGCCAAGCCCCGGCGCCCUGUGAUCGCCUGCAGCCUCUGCCAGAUCCGGUUCAACUCCGAGAGCCAGGCGGCCGCUCACUACCAAGGGAACCGCCAUGCUCGGCGCCUCAAGGGGCUGGAGGCUGCACGUGCCCGACGGGGGGGGGGCGAGAGCGGAGACCCCCCCGAGCCCCCCCCCGGCCACGCCCCCGAGAGCUCAGGUGACCCCCCCCCAGCCCCCGCUGCCCCCGGAGCCCCCGGGCCCCCCUCCCCCCCCGCUGCCCCCCCUCAGGAGGGGGCGGGGGAGGGGUCCGGGGGUGGGGGGGGGGAGGAGGAGGAGGAGGAGAAGGCGAAGGCAAAGCGGCUCCUGUACUGUGGGCUCUGUAAGGUGGCUGUGAACUCCCUGAGCCAACUGGAGGCACAUAACAGAGGGACGAAGCACAAGACCCUGCUGGAGGCGCGCAAUGGGCUGGGCCCCAUUAGGGCCUUCCCACGGCUGGGGGGGGCUGCGGGGACCCCCCCCCGGGACCCCCCCGAGCGCUGCUUCCACUGCCAGGUCUGCAACGUGCGCCUCAACUGCGAGCUGCAGCUGAAGCAGCACAUCUCCAGCCGCAGGCACCGGGAUGGGGUGGCCGGAAAACCCAACCCCCUCCUGAGCCGGAGCAAGAAGGUGCGGAGCCCCCCGGAGCUGGCUGCACUGCCCUUCCCCAAGGAGCUACCAAAGGCGCUGGCGGGGGGGGCCCUGGCGGGGGGGGGGCUCCUCCCGCCCCCCCUGGCCCUGGCGGCUGCCGCUGCUGCCAUGGCUGCCCCCCCCUUGGCCCUGCGCCCCCCCGGACCCCCCCUAUUGCCGGGGCCCCCCCUGGCCCCCGCUCUGCUGCGCCCUGCACCUGGGCCCCUGCGCCCCACACACGGCCCCCCCCUCCUCUUCUCCCCCUAUUGACCCCGGCAACCGGUACCUGGCAACCGUUACCUGGCAACCGGUACCCAGCACCCUCCAAGCACAACUGGUUGCCAGGUGAUGGUUACCCCGGUUGCCAUCCCAGAAUAGUCCUCCUGGCGAUGGUAUCCUAGCAACCGGCCACCAAUGGUGGUUCAGCCCCGAAAUCUGCCCGGCAACAGCACACCCGCAGCCUGACAACGGUUACCUGGCAACAGGACCCGCAUCCUGCCCAGCAACUGGUUCCCUGGCAACCGGACAGUGGUUGCCUUGGCAACCGGAUGAUGUUUACCCAGCAAUGAUGCCCUGGCAAUGGUCGCCUGGCAACAGUACUCGGCAAUGGUACCCAGCUACGGUUGCCAAGCAACCGUGCCCAGCAUCUGCCCUGGCAACGUUAGCUAGUGACAGCCUCAAGUGAUGGGACCUGGCAAUGGGACCUAGCAACCACACACGUGGCAAUGGUUGCCUGGCAACGGUACUCAGUGAUGGUACCCCCCACCCCUGGAUAUGAUUGCCUAGCAACCAUGCCCAGCAUCCACCCCUGGCAACGGUGACCCAGCAAUGGGUACUUGGCAACUGUCUACAAGCAACUGUGUUCACCGGUGGUACCUUGGCAAUGGGACCCAGCGCAGUUGGCAACGGUACUUAGUGAUGGUACCUGGCUACGGUUGCCUAGCAACAGCACAUAGCAACCACCCUGGUGAUGGUACCCAGCAGUGAACCCCUGCAAAUGCAACCAAGAACAGUUGCCUAGCAACUGUGCCCCCCCCAUGGUACCUUGGCAACAGGACCCAGCAAUGAUAACCUGGCAAUGGUACCCAGCAAUGGUUGCCUAGCAACCAUGCCCAGCAUCCGUCCCUGGCAACGGCACCCAGCAAUGGUUACCCAGCAACCACCUCCUAGCAUCGCACCCACCAGCGGUACCUUGGCAACAGGACCCAGACUGUGCACACGGCAGCGGUUGCCUGGCAACGGGACUCAGCAAUGGUACAUCCCCAACCCCUGGUUAUGGUUGCCUGGCAACCGCACCCUGCAUCCACCCCUGGCAAUGGCACAUAGCAACCGCCCUGGUGAUGGUACCCAGCGUUACCCAGCAACCGUCUCCUAGCAACGCCCCCCCCAUCUCCCCCCCCCCCCUUUUCUGGGCUCA